UCUGCUGCGUGAUGGGUGAGUGGAAGCGCCAUUCUCAUGAAUGCCGCCAGAUUACGAGCUCGAUCUUUCUGCAGGUGAGAAGAAUCGGCCCAGCAAGAAGCAAAAGCGCGGCAAGGAACCGGAGUCCUCGGCUCCCCCCCAAAUUCCUGCCGAUGACGACAUGGAAGAAGACAUCGUCGAGGUCUAUGAGGAAGAGGAUGAAGUCGACGAGCAUGAAACCGCGGGGAAAAUGGAUUUUAGCAAGCUCGAGCUAAAGCCAGACCACGAGAAGAGACCACUCUGGGUUGGACCUGAUGGCCAUAUCUUUCUCGAGACGUUUUCUCCGCUAUACAAGCAAGCAUACGACUUUCUCAUUGCCAUUGCCGAGCCUGUGUGUCGUCCAGAACAUAUGCACGAGUACAAUCUCACGCCACAUUCUUUGUACGCGGCUGUCUCCGUUGGUCUUGAGACUCAGACAGUCAUUACGGUGCUGGAACGGCUGUCGAAAGCAAGGCUCCCGCAGGAGAUUGUGAAUUUCAUCAAAGAGUCGACUCUCAACUAUGGCAAAGUAAAACUAGUUCUGCAGAAGAAUCGUUAUUUUGUAGAAUCUUCUUAUCCGGAGAUUCUGGAGAGGGUUUUAAAGGACGAUGUCAUCUCUCGAGCCAGAAUUUUUUCGGAGGCAAGUGCGGAGCACGGUUUUACGGUCAACAAGUCGUUGUCCAAUGCUACCACAGAACAAGACUUGCUUGCCGGGGAUGAAGUUGCUGCUGGAGAAGAGAAGGAUGUGAUGUCUUUUGAAAUUGAUCCUGCUCAAGUAGAACAUGUGAAGCAGAGGUGCCUGCCAAGUGCUUUAAACUAUCCGAUGCUCGAGGAAUACGACUUUAGAAACGAUUCGGUCAAUCCUGACUUAAGCAUUGAAUUGAAACCUCAAGCUCAACCUCGACCUUAUCAAGAAAAGAGCUUGAGCAAAAUGUUUGGAAAUGGACGUGCGAGGUCUGGAAUUAUCGUAUUACCUUGUGGAGCUGGUAAAUCCUUAGUGGGAGUCUCAGCCGCCUGCCGCAUUCGCAAAAGCUGCCUGUGCUUAGCCACCAAUGCAGUGUCGGUUGACCAGUGGGCCUUUCAGUUUAAACUCUGGUCUACUAUCCGUGACGAUCAGAUUUCUCGUUUCACAUCAGACAGUAAAGACAAGUUCAAAUCAAACGUCGGUGUCGUUGUGACCACCUACAACAUGGUUGCUUUCAAAGGCAAACGAUCAGAAGAAUCCGAAAAAGUCAUUGAAUUGAUAAAAAGCCGCGAGUGGGGCUUACUUCUUAUGGAUGAGGUGCAUGUUGUGCCUGCUCAUAUGUUUCGUAAAGUUAUUAGUAUCACCAAGUCUCACUGCAAACUUGGACUCACUGCCACACUUGUCAGAGAAGACGAACGUAUUACCGAUCUGAAUUUUCUAAUUGGUCCAAAGCUGUACGAGGCGAACUGGCUAGAUCUUGUGAAAGGCGGCUACAUUGCCAAUGUUCAAUGUGCUGAAGUCUGGUGCCCAAUGACUAAAGAAUUUUACGCCGAAUACCUGAAGAAGGAGAACAGAAAGCAACAGGCAUUAUACGUAAUGAACCCCAAUAAAUUUCGGGCUUGUGAGUUUCUCAUCCGUUUUCACGAACAACAGCGAGGAGACAAGAUUAUUGUCUUUUCUGAUAAUCUUUUCGCCCUGAGAGAGUAUGCCACAAAAUUGAAAAGGCCUUUCAUUUACGGUCCGACCAGCCACCAUGAAAGAACAAAGAUAUUGUACGCUUUUAAACACAGUCCCGAUGUCAACACAGUUUUCUUGUCAAAGGUCGGUGACAAUUCCAUUGAUAUACCCGAGGCAAAUGUUAUCAUCCAAAUCUCUUCACAUGCUGGUUCCCGGCGUCAAGAAGCACAACGACUCGGUCGAAUAUUGAGAGCAAAGGGAAAACCCAAAGAUCGUGUGAAAGGUGGCACCGAGGAAUUCAAUGCCUUCUUCUACUCGCUGGUCUCCACGGACACUCAGGAAAUGUAUUACUCUUCCAAGCGGCAGCAGUUUUUGAUCGAUCAGGGAUACAGUUUCAAGGUUCUUACGAGCUUGCCGCCGGCUGACAGCGGCGCGGACCUGAGCUUUCACAGGCUGGAAGAUCAACUGGACUUGCUGUCCAAGGUUCUCAAUGCCGGCGAGGACGCUGCUGGUGUCGAGCAGCUAGAACACGACGCUGAUGAUAUCACAAACUUAAGAGCUCGCCGGAUCGCUGGCUCGAUGAGUGCUCUCUCGGGUGGCAAAGGGCGAUCUUACAUGGAAUUUAGUAUUGGCGGACGAGGACGGGGCCAACAAGCGAAGCCACGCGAUCCAAACAAGCGGCAUAAUCUAUUCAAGAACAGAUAUAGAUAGAUAGAGGCCAUUCAUUUGAGACUAUACAAAAAUUUGUAAACAAUGGAUAGUAGAACUGAUAGAGACCAUUUGAGACUAUA